UCAUAACUCUAUGCUGUGAGCAACUGGGAGCUGUGAGCCAUGCUGUGAGCGCGCGCGUAUGAUAAACUGCGGUGAGCGCCGUGAGUCUGUCUUCGGGUGGCAUAGGUGGCGUAGGCCACAGUAGCGGGCGAGCGGCAGAGCCAGAGCCGUCGCGGGCGGGCUUUGCGGGCUGACGAGCUACCCGCCGGGUACAGACUGCCGGCGUCAACCCCGCCUCCGUGUAGCGUUGUCGUGCAUUCCACUGUACUACACCUGUACCGUCUGUACUAGAUACGGUAGUGCCAGGUGGCCGUGGCGCAGCGAUGUUACCCCAUUGUGCCAAUUGACGCGUAAGCAUUCUGCGCCGAUCUGAUCGCUUUGCCGGUUUGAACAAAAACAGUCAUGGCUAAAGAAGCAGAAAAACCGUCGGCCUCGAGCCGCUUGUUCAUUAGUUUCUGUCUCGUCGCGAACGUGUCCCUGGCCAUCUUCAUCGUGAUAUUGAACAAAUGGGUCUACGUGUACGUCAACUUUCCCAACAUCACCAUGACCAUGUACCACUUCUUGAUGACGUUUGUCGGACUUCUGGUGUGCCGGUUCUUCAACAUGUUCCAAGUGAAGACGUUGCCCAUCGCCAAGAUGUUGCCGCUGGCGGUGACCUUCUGUGGCUUCGUGGUGUUCACCAAUCUCUCCCUCGGCCACAACACCGUGGGCACCUACCAGAUCCUCAAGACACUCACCAUGCCCACCAUCAUGGUCAUUCAGUACUUCUGGUACAGCAAGACCUUCUCCUUCAAGAUCAAACUUACGCUGAUCCCGCUGACUCUUGGUGUCUACUUGACCACAUGCUUCGACAUAAGGUUCAACGUCCUGGGAACUGUGUAUGCCCUCAUUGGUGUGUUCGUCACAUCCCUCUACCAAGUGUGGGUGGGCGAAAAGCAGAAGGAGUUCCAGGUGAACUCGAUGCAGCUGCUCUUCUACCAGGCACCCCUCUCUGCGCUGCUGCUCCUGUUUGUGGUGCCCAUUGUCGAGCCACCCUGGGCAGCUGAGGGGUUCCUCAACCACCACUGGACGCUGGACCAGAUGGCACUUGUGCUCCUGACAGGGCUGGUUGCUUUCCUUGUCAACCUUUCUAUCUACUGGAUCAUUGGCAACACCUCUGCCGUCACCUACAACGUGGUGGGGCACACCAAGGUGGUGCUCAUCCUGGCGGGCGGCUUCAUCGUGUUCCAGGACCCCCUCCUCCCGGUCCAGGGGCUGGGGCUUGUGCUCACCCUCUGCGGGGUCUUCAUGUACACCCACUUCAAGCUUCAAGAGCAGAAGAAUGCAGCUGCCAUGCUGCCAAUGGCGUCUUCGUCGGAGAAGUUGCUCACCAAGGCGUGAGCACUGGGGGCCAUCUCCGUGGUGCGUGUUAAAGUGCUUGAAUGUUUGCAAGGCAGCUGUUCCGCUUUGGAUGUGUGUGUGUCAGAAAAAUAUCUUCACCUGCCUAUUUCUAGUCCAGAGAGGAAGCAUUCUUCCAGACACUGAGCAAUAAAAUGCCCAGACUGUUGUUUUUUGAGAAA